UCAAAUUCUCUCUCUUAAGUAACCUCUUCAAAAAAAAAAUCAAAACAAAACGAAAGGAGAAACCCUUGCGUUGUUCACUUCAUUUCAGGUACUCCACUCUAUCCUUCUUUCCCCAAUUCAAAAAAACACUCUACUCUCUCUUUUUCUCCUUCUUCAAUUUCCCACUCGAAAUUCCAGAACCUUCUCCAAUGACUGACCCUUCCGAAGAAGCUGCUUACAUCGAGAAGCUCUAUGAAUACGGCGAGCAACUCAAUAGUGCCAAAGACAAAUCUCAGAACGUCAAGGAUUAUCAGGGAAUCAUAGAUGCAGCUAAGACAAGUGUUAAGGCGAAGCAGCUCGCCGCACAGCUCAUUCCGAAGUUCUUCAAGUUCUUCCCUGAACUCUCUGGUCCAGCACUUGAUGCUCAUCUUGAUUUGGUUGAGGCUGAAGAACUUGGGGUUCGGGUGCAAGCGAUAAGAGGAUUGCCUCUUUUCUGCAAGGAUACACCUGAGAAUAUUGGAAAAAUGGUCGAUAUUCUUGUGCAAAUUCUUGGGUCUGAGGAGUUUGUGGAGCGUGACGCAGUGCAUAAGGCUCUUAUGUCUCUGCUGAGGCAGGAUGUGAAAGCUUCUUUGACAGCUUUGUUUAAGCACAUUCGUGGCAGUGAUGAAGAGCCAAAUACGGAUGAUGUUAUUCGUGAGAAGGUUAUAAACUUUGUUAGAGAUAAGGUCUUCCCUAUUAAAGCUGAACUGUUGAAGCCCCAGGAGGAAAUGGAAAGACACAUAACCGAUCUAAUAAAAAAUAGUUUAGAAGAUGUAACUGGUAUAGAAUUUCGAAUGUUUAUGGAUUUCUUGAAGAGUUUGAGCCUAUUUGGAGAAAAGGCUCCAGCUGAGCGGAUGAAAGAGUUGAUUGAAAUCAUUGAAGGACAAGCUGAUUUAGGUUCACCGUUCAAUGUUGCUGAUGCAGGUCAUACAGAUCAUAUUGAUAGAUUGAUAUCAUGCCUUCACAUGGCACUUCCAAUUGUCAUGAGGGGUGCUUCUAGCAGCAAAUUUAUUAACUUCAUAAACAGUUAUAUAAUUCCUGUUUUUGACCAGCUUCCUGGAGAACGAAAAGUAGAUUUGCUCAGAAACCUUGCAGAGUUCUCACCUUUCACAACACCACAAGAUUCACGGCAAAUGCUUCCUUCUAUUGUUCAGUUGCUGAAGAAAUACAUGACUUGGAAGAAGACCGGAGAAGAGAUGAAUUUUACAUAUGUUGAAUGCUUGUUGUACACAUUUCAUCACCUUGCUCACAAGGUUCCUAAUGCCACCAAUAGUUUAUGUGGUUACAAAAUUGUUACCGGUCAGCCAUCUGAUAGGCUUGGAGAAGACUUUUCAGAGCAUUAUUCUGAUUUUACUGAGAGAUUGAAAAACGUUGAGGAGUUCACCCGGGCUACAAUCAAGAAAUUAACUCAAGGAAUGGCUGAAAACAACAAAUCUAUGGCAAAUGCUAAAACUGAUGAAGAAAAGGAAAAAAUUAAAACUAAAAAACAGAACGCCACAACCGGGUUGCGUACCUGCAAUAAUAUUUUGACGAUGACGAAGCCAUUGCACGCUAAAGCACCUUCUUUUAUUGGAGAUAAGAGAAUCAACCUUUCAUGGAAAGAAGCACCCAAAUCCGCGUCAACUACUGUACAAGCUGUUGGAGCGAAACGGCCUGCUACUGCGGGCAAUGGAUCCAACAAUAUUGCAUUGAAGAAGGGCCGGGGUUCCGGUGGUGUACAAAACCAACUUGUCAAUAGAGCGAUAGGCGGAAUAUCUGGUGGAGGAAGAGGCAUAUUAUCUGGUGGAGGGAGAGGCAGAGUAUCUGGUGGAGGGAGGGGUGGAACAAGGGGCCGAGGCUGGGGUGGUCGCGGGAGAGGAAGUGGAAGAGGUAGAGGUAGAGGGUAUUGGUGAUUCCGUCGCAGUUCUGAUAUAGAUAACAUUAAAUUUCACGGAGAUUACCAGAUUACGAGUAGGAUUUGUUAAUGUACUAAAAUUCUUUGGCAGAGGAAGUUUUGAUUAUAGAGGGUGAUGACAUUUUUCAUUAAGUUGUACUUUCUCCAAAGCUUGUUUCUGUAAAAUGCGAGUUAUUGAUAAUUUUCCUAUCCUUUUGAUGCUAGCGGGAGUCGGUUGACUGGACAUUUUAUGCCCCCUGGUUAUGUAUGCAUGUAAUUUAGUGACAAGUGGAUUUAUAUAUGAAGCCCAUUUCUGAUU